AUGGAAAACGAGAAAUUUAUUGCUCCCCGUCGAACUCUUCCACAAUAUGGUCCACGAAUUCUUGAAGUCGCAGAUCGCCCAAAAAUUCAGAAUCACAAGAUCUUAUAUUGCGAACCUAGCACUUCCACAAAAACUAUGAGAACAAAAAGAAGAGUUGAACCAUAUUUAAGUCUAAAUCUACAAAAACAGAAAAAUCAAUCGAUAGUUGAAGAACAUAUUGAUGGAGAAGAUCCUUAUGUUGGAGAAUUACGGAAAUUAUUCAAAAAACGGCAGAAAUCCAAGAAUUUGCAAGAUAGUUUAGAAACAAAAAUUGGUGAAUUUCCGGAAGAAAUGACAAAUCGAAUAUUGAAAUAUGGUUUUCGAUGCGAUGUUGAAAGUUUUAGUUGUCUUUAUCCGGCUUGUGGAAGAACUUUUGAAUCAAUUGAAGUUUUGGCAUUUCAUUUAUCAUAUUCACAUCAAGCGAAAUUCGAUGCAUCGAAUAGUUUAAUUUGUUUGGUUUGUGGAAGGAUUUGGAAUUCGGUUAAGGUAAGAAAUUUGGGGAGGGGUUCUAAAUUCUCAUAGGAAAAUAUUAAUGUUUGUUGGACUCAACGUAAAUUUUCUAAUUGAAAAGUCCGAAAUUUCAUUUCAUUGCAUUUUUUCCAAAAAAAAAAUCGUUCUAAUUUUUAAAAUGAAGGAUUCUUAUUGAAAUUAAGAAAAUUUCAAAGUUUUAUUUUCAGAUAAUUUUAAGGUACAACCUUUUUGAUCUCCUUCCCGAAAAAAAUCGAAUUCAAAAUUUAAUUCUGCCUCGUUCCAGACAAAACUGAAUCAUGUUUCCUCAAAACAUCGAAACCUCGGCGAAGAACACAAUUCUCAAUGUCUUCUUCAAGAUGUUCCUGUUAUUUCACCCGAUGCACCAAAAGCUAUUCGACUUGUAAAUAAUAGUCUGAAAUCUCGUUUCUCGGAUCAAUUUGGACAAAAUGUUGUCGUUUUUCAGUGAGUUUCCAUUUUGCUUAAAGAUUCGUUUCAAAAUUUGUUUUUUUUUUCAGAAACGAAAUCGAUGAAGAUGACCCUUUUAUUGUGGAUGAUGAUAAUUAUCACAGAAAUUCCUAUUUUUAA